AUGGAUUGUGCAAAACAGACGAUAUCAACAGAUGGACUGGGAUUUUUCUACAAGUUCAAGACAAAGAGGUGCAUGACGUUUAGGGAGGGUCCGAAAUCUCUGGAGAAGAUGCCUGAAUAUUAUUGGCUUAAUACCGCCAAGGAAAAUCACUGCUCCAACUCUAGCGGACUCAUCAAAUGGAAGAGCGAUGGCCGAUGUUUCGUUACUUCUCAAAAUGAAGCCUCUGUAGAUGACGCCACCACUAUCUGCCGGAAUUUGUACAAGGGAACCUUAGCAGUGCUGUCGAAUGCACAACGCAUCCGUGACAUGAACGUAUGCUUAAAAACAUAUGACGUAGAAGACGAAUACUGGAUUGGACUUAAAGUAGGAAGAAAAGGAAACGUAUGGGCUAACGGUAAACCAAUAGAUAAGAACACCGUCUGGCCUUGGGCUAGCACCAGACGUGGAGGAAAAUGUUACCUGGCCCACAAGUAUUCGGCUCGUUGGAAGUGGGCGAAUCAAGCCUGUCCGACGUCCAUAUUCUUUAUUUGUGAUCACCCAUGCAACACAUAGUGCAUUCCGUAAGGUUCAUCUACGCUGGAUGCGGUACGUUCGUGCGGUCCGACUGGUGCGUCUGAUGCGUAUGUGAUAUACAUAUACACCAUGUACAAUUAUUUCACUGUGGCAUAUACACCAUGUACAAUUAUUUCGAUGUUAAAUAUUUAACAUUUGUCAA